AUGCAAUACUCAAAAGUCGCCGUCUUAGCUGCCGUCUCAGGUUCAGCAUUCGCAGCCUACAGCAACUCCACUGUCACUGACAUCCAAACCACCGUUGUCACCAUCACCUCAUGUGAGGAAGACAAGUGCUCAACUGUUCCAGUCACCACUGGUUUGACCACCGUCACUGAAUGGGACACCACCUACACCACCUACUGCCCAUUGUCCACCGUUACUGAACAAGAAAGCACCACCGUCACCAUCACCUCAUGUGAAGAAGACAAGUGCUCAACUGUCCCAGUUGUUACCGGUUUGACCACCGUCACUGAAGGUGAAACCAUCUACACCACCUACUUCCCAUUGACUGCUGAGACCAAGGCCCCACAAGAAUCAAAGGCACCUUCAUCCUCUGCUCCAGCUGUUGCUCCAGCUCCAGAAUCAACCACCACCACCGCUAAGGCUGGUGAAUCAUCUGCUGCUGCUCCAGCUCCAUCAACUGUUGCUGAAGAAUCAAAGGCUCCAGCUGCUUCUACUGAAGCCAACACUGAAGCCCCAGCUGCUACCACCCCAACCACCGUUGCUGCUCAAUCUGAAUCAUCAGCUGUUGCUGCUGAAUCAUCCCCAGCUGUCUCUGCUGUUGAGGGUGGUGCUGCUUCAAACGCCAUCCCAGUUGUUGCUGGUUUGUUGGCUUUGGGUGCUUUCAUCUAA